GACGACGGGGCGGGGGGAGCCCUGAGGAGCCACAAUAGGCCAGACGGCGCGCGCGUUCCCGAGGAACUGGAAGCCGUGAGGCGACGGUGGCAGGCCCGCGCGCGCGGUGCCGCCGCUGGCUCCGUUCCCCUCCCCUCCUCCUCCCCGCCGCCCUCGCUCUCCCCCGGGCGGCCGGAGACGGCGGCGGCGUCUGCGGGAAGCCGUGUGUCUCCGCAGUGACGUGGGCGGGCCGAGGGCUCGGUGACGUCAGAGGGCUGUGUGUAGCGAUGUGUGUGGGGUUCGGAGCGGCGCCGGCACAGCCGAGGGAGCAGGCGAGCGGCGGCGGCGGCGGCGGGCACAGAGUAAUUAAAAGAAGAAUGAACGUAAUCCUUGAAGAUAACUGGGCAAUUUUUCUUUAAAUCACCUUUAAUUAUAGAAGUACAAGUGGAGUCAGAGGCUCUUCUUACUGGUGUGACAAUUUAUGCAAGCCUUCAGUUUGUCAACACAGAAUGACAGAUCAUCAUUUUUAGAGAAGAUACUUUUUCCUUUUUUGGUGUCCUUGGUGCCAGAAGUUAAAUUUGGGUGCAUCAUUUUGACUUGUUUUUGUGUCUAGGUUUGGAUGACACAAGUAAUUGCAUAAACUUUUCACUUGUUUUGCUUAAAACCAAACCAAACCAUUGCAUUGAACCUGGAAAUCUUGAAUUGAGAGAAUUGGUAACUUUUAAUACAUAUCUGAAGAAUUAAAAAGAAAGAAAGGCUUCCUCAGAGGUGUGCCUCUUUAAAUUUAUAUUUGGAGACAAGAAAUUUUAUAGCACUUGGAGUGAAAUUAUACUAGAGUAUAAGAACCAAAACAAAGUUGCAAAGUCUAUUGAGUAAUUUAGGGAGAUCUCUUUUUGGAAAUUCAAAUUUUCUCUGAGAGUAAGCUAUCAUAAGUAUUGGUAUACAUUUCUUUGUGCAAAUAAGCAGCUAACAAUGCAAAUCUCACAUUUACUUAUUUAACAUAAUAGUUUUUAGCAAUGGAAAACCUACAAACAAAAUUUUCCUUGGUUCAGGGCUCAAAUAAAAAAAUGAAUGGGAUGGAAGAUGAUGGCAGCCCUCCAGUGAAAAAAAUGAUGACAGACAGACAUGCCAAUGGAAAAAUGAUGAUAAACAAGAUGCCCACAGUAAAGAAGGAACACCUGGAGGACUAUGAAGCGCCAAUGGAAACUGACGGAGAGCAUGUCAAGCGAAGCUGUACCUCUGUGCCUGAGCCUUUACACUUAAAUCCCAGUUUGAAACACACUCUGGCACAAUUCCACUUAAGUAGUCAGAGCUCUCUGGGUGGACCGGCAGCAUUUUCUGCUCGCUAUUCCCAAGAAAGCAUGUCGCCUACUGUAUUUCUGCCUCUUCCAUCUCCUCAAGUUCUUCCUGGUCCACUGCUCAUCCCUUCUGAUAGCUCCACAGAACUCACCCAGACCGUGUUGGAAGGGGAGUCCAUUUCUUGUUUUCAGGUUGGAGGAGAAAAGAGACUCUGUUUGCCCCAAGUCUUAAAUUCUGUUCUCCGAGAAUUUUCACUCCAGCAAAUAAAUACAGUGUGCGACGAGUUGUACAUCUAUUGUUCCAGGUGUACGUCAGACCAGCUUCAUAUUUUAAAAGUCCUGGGAAUACUUCCAUUCAAUGCCCCAUCCUGUGGGCUGAUCACAUUAACUGAUGCACAGAGACUGUGUAAUGCUUUAUUGCGGCCACGCACUUUUCCUCAAAAUGGUAGCAUACUUCCCGCUAAAAACUCUUUGGCUCAAUUAAAGGAAACUGGCAGUGCCUUUGAAGUGGAACAUGAAUGCUUGGGCAAAUGUCAGGGUCUUUUUGCACCCCAGUUUUAUGUCCAGCCUGAUGCUCCCUGUAUUCAGUGUCUGGAGUGCUGUGGAAUGUUUGCGCCCCAGACAUUUGUGAUGCAUUCUCACAGGUCACCUGACAAAAGGACUUGCCACUGGGGCUUUGAAUCAGCCAAAUGGCAUUGCUAUCUUCACGUGAACCAAAAAUACUUAGGGACACCUGAAGAAAAGAAACUGAAGAUAGUUUUAGAAGAAAUGAAGGAGAAAUUUAGCAUGAGAAAUGGAAAGAGAACUCAAUCCAAGAUAGAUACACCAUCAGGAAUGGAAUUACCAUCAUGGUAUCCUGUUAUAAAGCAGGAAAGUGACCAUGUCUCUCAGACACAUUCAUUUUUACACCCCAGCUACUACUUAUACAUGUGUGAUAAAGUGGUUGCCCCAAAUGUGUCCCUUACAUCUGCUGUAUCCCAGUCUAAAGAGGUCACAAAGACAGAGACAAGUAGAUCCAUACCAAGACAGUCAGAGAAGCCUCACAGGAGUGGGAAACAUCAGAAAACAGUAUCUUAUCCAGAUGUCUCACUGGAGGAACAGGAGAAAAUGGAUUUAAAAACCAGUAGAGAAUUAUGUAGCCAUUUAGAUCCAUCAAUUUCAAAUAAUUCUAUAAGUAAAAAGAAACCCGAGUCUGCCACUUGCAAUUUAGUCAGAGACACAAACAAGGUGGGAAUUGACCAUGAUGCUGCAGCUUCAUCUCCACUUUUUGUCAAAGAUGUCGUUUGUGAGGAUGAUAAGGGAAAAAUCAUGGAAGAAGUAAUGAGAACUUAUGUAAAACAACAGGAAAAAUUGAACUCAAUUUUGCAGAAGAAACAACAGCUUCAGCUGGAAGUUGAAAUGUUGAGUAGUUCAAAAGCUAUGAAGGAACUCACUGAAGAACAGCUGAAUUUACAGAAAGAGCUCGAAUCUUUGCAGAAUGAACAUGCUCAAAGAAUGGAAGAAUUUUAUGUUGAGCAGAAAGACUUAGAGAAAAAAUUAGAGCAGGUAAUGAAGCAAAAAUGUACCUGUGACUCAAAUUUAGAAAAAGACAAAGAGGCUGAAUAUGCGACACAGUUGGCAGAACUCAGACAGAGAUUGGACCAUGCUGAGGCUGAUAGGCAAGAACUCCAAGAUGAACUCAGACAAGAACGAGAGGCAAGACAGAAGUUAGAGAUGAUGAUAAAAGAGCUAAAACUGCAAAUUUUGAAAUCAAAGACUGCUAAAGAAUAGAAACCUUUAAAGAGAUUCAUCUGUGUUAUCCCCAACAGAGUUUAUUUUUGUUUGUUUGUUUGCUUUGCUAAUUGAAUUCUGAACAGCUUACCUGCAUGAAGAUAACUAGGCGUUCUAUCCAUUUGUAGAUCACAGAAAGUGAACAGAUUAUAUAUUAGUACAUAAAUUCUUACAUUUUCCGAGUGAAUGAAUAUGUAUGUUUCUUUGUACUUUUUUCCAACCAGCUUAGUGACAGUACUCUAUGGUUUGAACUAUUAGAUAAUCUGCUUAUAUUUCUAAUGCAAGUUUAACAGUUGUAUACUUUUUAAAAGCUGCUUUGUGUGAUGGAAAGUAGUUGUGGUCAAUUUUGUUAUCCAUAUUUCAGACUCAAUUUUAGAUACAAUGAUGACAUCAUAUUUCAGAUAUAUAGAGCUACUCAAGGGGUUGCAUCUCCAUUUUUUUAUUAACACAAUCUCCUUUCUAAGUUGAUACACUAUGAUUACUAUAUACAAAAUUUUGCUUUUAUUUUGUUCAUAUCCUGGAAUGAAUUUCCAUCAGUUCUCUUCUUUUUAAUGUCUCCUAAAAAACAUUUUGUCAGGAGAGGAAUUUCAUUGAUGAGGUUAUAGCACACCCCAUGAGCAUACUGGGGAAGAAUAAUAUGCUUUAUUGUAAUCCUGCUGCUAAACACAAGAAGCAGUUGUAAUUUGUUUUUUGGUUGAAAUGUGGUUAUAUUUAGGGUUUUUUUUUUUUUUUUAUUUUUUUAAAUGCAGCAACUUCAGGAGAGGGAAUAAAAUGUAAAAUUCCUGAACUUUUGUUUAUGUUGUUAAUAGUGGUGUGAAAUGUUAAUGUUUUUGAGAAAAACUGGUAUCAUUAAUGUACAUCAGCUUCUAUACAAUCCAUAAUCUUCCUCUACAGUUUUUAUAUGUAGUUAUGGGUCUUACUGAAAUUUAUAUAAUGGAUUUGUUUUCCUUUGUGGAUUUGUUUUUCUUUAAAUUGUAAAAUAUUAAAUGUCUUGAAGGUUAUGUUGGGCUUCUGUAUGUUUAUAUAUUAAGUCUUAUCAAGAUUAGCAUGAAUGGACCAUUUUAAUUACUACUUAAUAUCAAAAUCAGGAAUUUACAGUCAACUGGUUAGUGUGUGAAAGGUUAAUAGGGAAGUUUAGUUAUCUGCUACUAAAAGGUUUUUAGAUAUUUUUUAGAAGACAGGAAUUCUAUAGUUUGGGGGAGGGGCAAGAUUUUCUGCACUUUUUAUUUUUUCCUGCACAGAAAAGUCUGUCAUUCUUUAAUGACAAAUUUCAUAUUAGUUGUUGCUUGGCUUAAAAGAUACAAGGUUAAAUUCUUAGUAUGCAUUUCUUUAAAGAACGUUUCCUGAGCUACUAUUAAUACAUUCUUAUCCCAUGAAUUUAAUGUUUCUCAUGUUCUCACAUAAGGUACUGAAUGAAAUUACUUAAGAGCUAAAUUUAUUUUUAAAAUAAAUCAGCUAGGGUUAAGGUUAUAUACUGUUCCCAGCAUAGACGAUAGCUACUCUAAUGGUAUAGAACUUCAACAAUCGGUAGGUUAUCAUUUAACCAGUUAUUUUUAUAGUUUGCUUAAUGGUACUAAUGUAUCCUAAAUGAAUUUGUGUACUUCCCAAAGUAUAAUUUCUUCACUAGAGUGUGAUCUAAAUGUGUAUUUUGUUUUCCAUUUAAACUUUACUGUAUUAAUCCUGCAAUUAAAUUUGUUGAUUUUUGGAGUUUCCUCAAGGAGGAACAAAUGUUAAAAUGAUUUAUCCUCUAAUACCUUUUAUUUAGGUCUGGAGAAAGUAAAAUCACAGGUAUUUUAUGAUAUAGUUUUAUUUUAGUUGUGAAUUAGUUGUGUCACAGCUAAACUUUUUUUGGGAGACAAACUCAAGCCCUUAUAAUUUCAUUUAUUUUUGUAAUUCAUUAAAAAUCUUUGUUUAUGUUACAUUAUAAAUGAUAAGCUUACUUAAGUUUCAACCCAAAACUUCUAAAAUAAACUGCUUAGUCUUUGAAAUAUGUUACUGUAAAAUUCUAAGCAGUGCUUAAACACCUUUAAAUUAUCAUAUCCUCUUAAUUUACACUUGAGUGAAGAAAUAUUUUUUUUCUAGUUCCUCACAUAAUGAAAACUUGUCACAUGAAAUUAUAUAGUCUUCAUUUUCCCGAAGAUAAAUCAAUGUGCCAUAGGUUUCUGUCUAACUUCCUUGAAAAUAGUUUUUUAGUCAAUUGUAAAUAUUACAUUAUUCUAGUUAAAAGUAAUUUUAAGUUAAAUUGCACCACAUAGCUUGAAAAUAUAGGGAUUUUGUAAUACUUUAAAAGUGGCCUCUGCUAAAAUAUCUUACCAUAUAAACUUAUUCUUCUAUUCUUUGCAUGCUCAUUUUGUGUGUUGAUUACUAGCUUAAAGUUUGUUUUGGUGUUGUUUUUGCGUGCCAAUUCCUUAGGCAAGCAGAUUUUGCCUCAGAUUUUGUAAUAUUCUUUUUAGGAAAAAUGCAAAAAUAUUUACUUUAAAAAGCUGCAUUAGAGGAACGGCUCAUCAAAAGUGUUAGAACAUCCUUAGAAGGAAGAAAAGAUAGAAUAUUAGCUUCCUGGGUGAUGGGUGAUCUUUAAUUUGGUGAUGAUAGUUUAUGCACCCUAAACUUUAUGAGAAAAAGGUACCAAAUCUAUAAAGGUAGUAAAUGUAAAAUCUGCUGUCAUUGAGGAAGCUUGAAACCACCCUAAUUUCACAAAUGGAACUCGUAACACUAUGAAAGGAUUUGACCAACAUAAGUUUGGCUUACGCUUUAGUUUUGUAAAGCAUAUUCUUUUGCUUGAAUUUCUAUGUCCAUGAGAAUUAUGCUUCUUGAACUAAUUUUAUAGCAUAUUUAAUAUAUUACCAGUUGAGCUAUAAAAUCAUUUGUACAUAUUGAAUUAAAAAUCAGUUACUAAAGUAGUUGAAAUAGAGUACAAUGAUAUUUGCAGGUUAUCCAUAUAUUUUAGAAGUCAUGACAGAACAACUAAUUCAUUUGCACAUCUGUGGCUUCUGUUUGAAGGAAAAUAAAAUGAUAAGGAAACUUGAGUAAUAUGAAACAUGUUCAAGGUAUUUCCCUAAAAUUAAUUGUGAAGCUGGUGCUAAAGGUUUUUGAUCAGCUUCUAAAAUUUUCUUCUCAAUGAAAGACUUACAUUUUGAUUGUUUAGGGCAGAAUCCUCAUUUUUAUUUGUUUUAUGCAUUUAAUCCACACAAUGGGACAUUAAAAAUUAGUGAAAAGUUGUGCUCAUACUGUACAUCUAUUUCUGUGCUUGGAACUACUUGUUAAUAGUUUUUAUUGAAGCUGUCAGCAAUAAGGGAUUCAUUACUGCUGUAUUAUACAUUGUGGGACUGAAUAAUUUAAACAGCUUAAUUUUUUCUAGUAUAGAAUACUUAAACAUUUCCAUUAUUGGAAAAAUUCACAUAGGUAUUCUUUCUUGCAUCUUGUUUAAAAGGACAGUCUUUUUUUUUUGUAAAAUAUUUUCAUUUUAAAUGGCUUUAAACUACAUAAUGCAAUUUGGGGCCUGUUUUUUUUUUUAGUAAUAGAAUUAAAUGUCUUAUAUAGUGCUACUGUUUUUGAAUUAGAAAAUUAUCACAUGUAAAAACAAAUUUAAAAAUGAAGCCCAGAUAACAAAAUAGUAUAUUAAAUUAGUUGAAUGUAAAAGAAAUUUAUAAGAUUUUUUUCUUCAAUAUAGAUACCUCAUUUGAAAAUAAAGCACAGCGUACUAAAGUAGUUCUAGUAAAAAGUCCUACUAAAAGAAUUGCUAAAUCUAGGACACCUUUUCGGGAACUAUAGUUGGGGAGAAAUAAAAUAUACUUGCUUUCAACCAUUCUGUUAGAGGUAUUUGUUUAUCCUAAUAAUUUUAAGCCAACACAGUAGUCUUAAAUCAUUUCUGAGUUUUGAAUCUGUGAAGGCAGUAAAUGAAAUACCUGUUCUGUAACUGUUGAAACAAAUUGUUGACUACCUUGACCAUAAUUCAAUUUUUAACAUUUUGCCAAUGAUGUACAGUUUUAUGGUUAAAAUUGCUGUGGUUGGUUGCAUUACAUGAUACACAAAACUGUCCUCUACCUCACGUGAAAUAAAUAUUUUAUAUGGUUUUACUAUGAAACAAGACUCAUCUAUCUGGUUACUUAGUUUACAAAUUUUGAAUUAUAUUUAUUGAAACAUGACAUACUGUGCUCUUAGCUUAUACCUCAAUUGUAUUUUGUGCUGUUUUCCAUUUUCAUGCCUUGUAAAUAAAUUGUAUAGAUUGUGGAUUAAAUUCCAAAUAAAAACUUUUAAUGCCAAUAAAAUUGA